CGAGGCGAGUCACUCACCAGUCACCACCAGUUGACGUCGAGAUGGCAAGGCGAGCGGGUGUGUGCGCUGCGCUCCUCGUGGGCGUCUUGGCCUCCUUGGCGGCCGCCGAGUCCUACGAGAAGUUCCCUCUCCUCAUGCCCAACGUGCGGCCAGAGAAGGCUGAGACGUAUUUCUGCACACCGAUCCGGAUAGAUCCCACUCAGGAGUAUUAUGUCACCGCCUUCGAGCCCAACGCCACCAUGGACACCGCCCACCACAUGCUGCUCUACGGCUGCGAGACCCCGGGCAGCGACGAGGAGGUCUGGAACUGCGGUGAGAUGGCUCUGUCGCAGCCCGGCAUCGCCACGGCCUCCGUCUGCGGGUCCGGCUCGCAGGUGAUCUACGCGUGGGCCCGCGACGCCCCGAAGCUGGUGUUGCCCAAGGGCGUGGCAUUCCGGGUGGGAGGGAAGUCCAGCAUCCAGUAUCUCGUCCUGCAGGUGCACUAUGCCUCCGUCGAGAGGUUCAAGGAUGGCUCCACUGACGACUCCGGUGUGUUACUGUACUACACAGAGACUCCGCAACCCAAGGCGGCGGGCGUUCUCCUGAUGGGCACGGGCGGCCGCAUCAACCCCAACAGCGUCGAGUACAUGGAGACGGCCUGCACCAUCCAGGAGGACAAGGUGAUCCACCCCUUCGCCUUCAGGACGCACACGCACGCCCUAGGUCGCGUGGUGUCGGGCUACAAGGUCACCAGGAAAGGGUCCACAGACGAGUGGGAGCUCAUCGGCAAGAAGGACCCGCAGCUGCCGCAGAUGUUCUACCCCGUGGCCAACGACCUCACGCUCACCAAGGGGGACACAGUGGCUGCCAGAUGCACAAUGGAGAGCAAUCGUGACCGCACCACUAGGGUCGGGUCCACCAACGAGGACGAAAUGUGCAACUUCUACAUCAUGUACUGGACGGCGAAGGAGCCGCUGUCGCAGAAGAGCUGCUUCUCCCUCGGCCCGCCCUUCUACUACUGGAAUCGCGGCGGCCUCGGCAACAUCCCCGACAGGGAUGCGUCCUCGCUGCCCGUGGGGACCUCGGCCAAAGAGAGCGGGGUGGCGCCGCACCAGAUUUAGGAGCAGGAGAGUGACUGCUGGUGAAGGAGGAGAAGCUGGAGGGGAACUGCUGGUGAAGGAGGAGCAUGGUGAGGAGUGCUGGUGGAGGAGGAGCAGGUGGCGCUGACGGUGGGAGAAGUGAUGUCGAAGGAACCCGAGGAGACAGCAAAGAGAACACGGGAACACCGAAGGAGAAGGGAGAAAUCAUGAGACCCUCCAGAAUGUCAUAUCUUUAAGUAACAUUUUAGAAAACCUUUGAAUGGAGCGUUUCAAGAACUGCAAAUACUUAGCCAGCGUAGAAUAAACAUGCAGAAGGAUUGCCCUGUAGACACAAGCACAAGUAUAUUACUUCUGUUUAGUACAUGGGAUGUUUAGGUUUUUCUAUCCAGUGUUCUGUUAUCACAGUUAUUAACGUUUGUUAUACAUUGCGGAAAUUUUAUUAUCAACAACAAAUAAAUUUGGCAUUUUUAUAAUCUGAUGCCACACACGGGCAUGACGCGCUGCGUUCAACACAUUCCAGUGUUUAGAAGUUAUAUGCAAUGCGUCACUGCAGCUUCGGUUGGAACGCCAUGCCCUACUUGGCGUGGCGGUUUGUUUCUUUGUUAUUUUUUUCUCGAUUUCAGAUUAAAACUAUUUAUUGAAAA